AUGGCUUCAUAUGCUAAUAACUAUGUUUUUCUCUUGCUUUGUCUAGGCUUAUCCUUUUGCACAAUUGCAUUUGGUGGAAAUUUCAAUACCGAUUUUAACUAUCUCUUUGGAGAUUUUAGGGCUAACAUACAAACUGGUGGUAAUGUUGCGUCACUCCAAAUGGAUAAAUAUUCCGGUUCUGGAUUUGGAUCCAAGAAUGCGUAUUUGUUUGGUAGAUUUGACAUGCAAAUCAAACUUGUGCCAGGGAACUCUGCAGGCAUUGUCACUGCAUAUUAUCUAAGUUCUGAAGGAGAUCACCAUGAUGAAAUUGAUAUAGAGUUUUUGGGCAACGUGACUGGUCAACCAUAUAUUCUCCAAACCAAUAUUUAUGCCAAUGGUGUUGGGGGUCGUGAGAUGCAGUACUAUCUUUGGUUUGAUCCCACACAAAACUUUCACACCUAUUCUAUUGAUUGGAAUCCUCAACGCAUAAUGAUAUUGGUAGACAACCAACCCAUAAGAGUGUCACGUAACAAACAAGGCAGUGGUGUUCCAUUCCCAACAAAUCAACCAAUGAGGUUAUAUACAACACUAUGGAAUGGAGAAGCAUGGGCAACACAAGGAGGAACAAUGAAGGUUGAUUGGUCAAAGGGUCCAUUCACAGCUUGGUUUAGCAACUUCAAUGCCAAUGCUUGCGUUCCAAGUCAAUCUAAUAAUUGUGUUGGUUUCAAUGGUGGAACAAAUAGAGGUCUUAGUAUUGACUCAAGGAAGAAGCUUAAUCAGAUUUAUUCAAAAUGGCUUGUUUAUGAUUAUUGUCAUGAUGUUAGACGUUAUGCUAAUGGUCUUCCAAAUGAAUGCCGCCGCAAGUCCCCCCGUCGCAUGGCUCUUGAAGAUUAA